AUGGACAACUUGUUUUUGGAUGUAACGGAACGUUAUGUAGAUGAGUCGAAAAUUACUCAAAUAGAAUAUCAUUCGUUUUUACCAUUCUCAACAACGGCAUUGUCAAGAAAUGAUGAAAUUCGCUUUUCUAUUUCCGAGUCUGGAUCGUAUACCCUCCCUUCUCAUUCUUUUUUGAACAUUGAAGGGAAAAUAACCAAAGGAUCAGGGUCUUUAGGUGAGAUACGAUUCAUCAACAACGGUCUGGCGCAUCUGUUUUCAGAAUGUCGUUAUGAGAUAAACAACACAGAAAUUCAAUCAGUUCGAAACCCUGGAAUAACAUCUACACUAAAGGGGUUAUGUUCAUAUACAGAAUCUGAUAAAAAUGCUCUCUUCAAUGCUGCAUGGGAUAUAACGGGGGAUAAUUGUGAUGAGUUUGUAGAAAAAGGAUUUUUUUCUGGAUGUAUCCCACUGAAACAUUUAUUCGGCUUCUGCGAAGACUAUAAAAAAAUCUUAAUAAACACAUCACAACAACUGAUCUUAAACCGAGCAUCUAUUGAUUUCGACAGUUUAGUAGCACAUGGAGGUGGUAAUGAAGAACAGUUGAAAAAACAUGAAGGUUCUAAAUUGGAAAUUACCAAAAUUGUAUGGAAAAUGCCAUUGGUUAAAGUAUCGGAUGAGGAAAAACUGAAACUUUUAAAAGUAGUAGAUAGCCAAAAGCCAUUAUCUCUGGCUUACCGCAAUUGGCAACUAUGUGAAUAUCCUGUUUUACCGACUAACACCUCACAUUCGUGGAGCGUCCGUAGCUGUUCAAACAUUGAACGUCCACGAUAUGCUAUUAUCGGGUUCCAGACUGAUCGUAAGAACAGCUAUAGUAAAUCGUUAUCUAUGUUCGAUCACUGUAAUCUGAAAAAUCUUAAAGUAUACCUCAAUACUGAAGCGUACCCAUAUGAAGAUUUUCAAGCAGAUUUCACAAAUAGUAAGGUUGCUUUACUAUACAAUGCAUAUUGUAGUUUUCAAAAAUCUUACUAUGAAAGAGAUUGGUCAUCUCCACUAAUGAGCAAACAUGACUUUAUGAAUAAGACUCCUGUUGUGGUGAUCGAUAUGAGCAGACAAGAUGAUAAUAUUAAAUUAUCAAACGUUGAUAUCCGUAUUGAAUUUGAAACAACGUCUGCCAUUCCAGAAAAAACAUCAGCAUAUUGUCUUAUCUUACAUGAUCAAAUUGCUAAUUAUAAUCCGUUUACGGGGGAUGUACGUAAAUUAUAA